UAUCUUCAACGGCGACGGCGACAACUAUUGGCCAUACCGACGACUCAUCGAGUGCCUCGAACAAACAUAUCCCACCAACACCGUCUUCUCCUCGACCUUGUGAUGGCCGUACCUCUCGCACGGAUCAACUGCAUGCUCAAAAUAGAGGCAUUUACAGACGGCGUAUCGCUCGAUCACUUUGUAGCACAUGUUGCUUGCUUGCGAUUGUUGAUCGAGACGCACUAUCCGAAGUCAAUAACUGCUUCUCAACAGUCGGGGAAAAAUCGAGUCAUCCGUUCAUUUAUAGCCAGACAGACAAGUCACAACAACAACAAAGAUGAAAUCCGAAGAUCCGAACAAGCAUGCAUACGUCUGACAGUCCGUCAAUCACUCAACGACACCGCAAAAGGCAAAAGCAAGCAAUGCCAAUAGUUCUGUAGCAAACAAUCGUCAGCGAAAAUCCCAUAUAUCCAGUCA